AUGACCAGCCAAUCAUCGGCCAAUUCAUCGUCAAAUAGUCUACUAUCAGACACAACCAAGUCAAUAACAUCACCUCUACGCAAACAAAGAUUCGAUGAUAGAUCUCUAACCAAAACAAGUUUGGCAUUGAUGUCAUACCAAUCCAUGACCUCUUUACAAUCACCUUCUCCAAUAGCAGACAACAACCAAUCAGACCAGAUUACCAACAUAUUCAAAUGGCUGGAAAUGAAUCAUUUAUCACAGUUGCUUCCGCUGGACUCUCCGUCCCAUCUAUUGGAAGCAACAUCAAUCUACAUUGCCUUAUCCACACCCCAAGGUAUUGCAAUAUUCACCUACGACCAAAAACUAGAGUGUAUGCUAACCACACAUGAAUCAAUACCAGCUAGUAAUAUCACCUGCAUGACUUUCUCGUCGGAUUCUACAUUUCUUGCAGCUGGGUUUACAUCUGGCCAUAUAAUACUAUGGGACAUGAAUGGAGACAGAAUACCGAGUAAUAGCCAUCAAACGAUCCUGCCAUACUACACAAUCAAUCCAAUAACACUCUCAUCACGAUUCACAAAAAACAUUCACGGUCAUAUAAUAAACACGAAAGUCACGUCUCUCUCAUUCAUUUCCAACCUGAUAUCGCGACUAAUAUCGGUAGACGACUCUGGAUUAGUGUUUUAUCACAAUGGUGUUAAGAAGUUCAUGAAUGUUCAUUUCACAUGUCAGAAGAUACUUGGCCGGAACGAUGCAAAUAUAAGCGAUGAGAAAUUCAAGAUCUUACAGUGUGAAAUGUUACCCUGGGGUAAUUCCCAACAAAUCACCGAUCAAAUGGGGGUAGUUGCAUUGAUGACACAUACGCUCGUGUUGAUUAUUUCCACGAGCAGUUUAAAUUCAAAAAUUCCUAAAGUUAAACAGCAUUUCAAGAUUGGCAAGUCCAAUUUAGUGGGCGAUUCUCCCGAAUUACAUACCACCCUCAGUUGGUUUCCAUGCAUGGAAGUGGACGGUAAAGUGAACAAUGCUAGAUUGGCCUAUAGUUAUAAUAACGUGUUGACUAUACUCGAACUUGACAAUUCAUCAUUUCCUGACAACUUUCUCAAGGUGGUCAACGAUUUGAAAGACAAGGACAAAGCGAUUCAACAAUUGCCAUUUAGAAAACAAUGUCGAUGGAUAAACCAGGGAGUUGUAAGUUUCAUGAAAUGGGUAUCAAAAGACAUACUUUGUGUGGUAACUGCAAAUACUUUGGUAUCAUUAUAUUAUAAUGGUAAAUCACUUAAGCCCGUUAGCGUUGACAAUCUUGACUUCACAAUAAGAAAUAUGAUACAAUUCAAGAAUAGACUAUUGGUAUCAACCAGUUUGAUUAAAUUAUUCAUGGGGAAACCGUUAACUUGGGCAGAUAUUCUCCUAGAAAAACUAGCAAAGGGGGACUACCAUCAAGCAUUAACAUUAGCUAACAAUUACUACAAUUCUACAAACAAUGGCAAAUUAGUAUUAGUUGGAUUACCGAAAGAUCAAACUCAACGAGCACUACUUAUUCAACCAUACCUUGAACGAAUAAUGAAAGAGUCGUUGCCCUAUUUAUUCAAAGAAGAAGACCACAGUUAUUUAACUGUGUAUUUCAAUAUCAUUGCGUAUAUCGGAGGUUAUGACAUCCUCGAAAACUUAUAUGAGGUUGUACCAGACGCUGAAUUCUUUAAUACACUAGAACCAUUCAUCCAAUCAGGUUCAAUAAUUUCAUUACCCCCAUUAGUGCUCAAACGAUUAGUGGAACAUUAUGUGGCUAUAGAGAAAGGAGACAUACUUACUGAAUUGAUAUGUACACUUGAUAUUAGGACCUUGGAUAUUGAUUUAACAAUCCUGUUGUGUAAGCAAUUUGAAUUGCGAGAUUGUUUGGUUUAUGUGUGGAAUUUUAUACUACAUGACUAUGAGACUCCCUUGAUUGAAUUCAUACUUGAUUUCUCUAGUUUACUGCGAGAUGAUCAAUUGAGUGCAUACACCUAUAUGUCAUACAUACUUACUGGAAGACAAUACCCUACGGAUAGGUUUAUACCAAUAGAGUCUGCCACUAGAGCAAAACAGUCAAUAUGUGAUAUAUUAUUUUCAAGUACAUUAGUCACACGACAAGAUAACUUGAUUGAGACAGAUAAUGAUUCAAGUUUCCCAUAUUUGUAUACGUUCCUCAAGGCCAACUCAUUUGAAAUGCUUUCCACAAUGAAUGAAUUCUUUGAAGAUCCUUACCUUAAUGAAAGCACACUAACGAGACAAUAUUUAACCGAGGCAUUGCUAGACGUAUAUGAGAUGAAUGAUGAACUUACAACCUGGGAUAAUAUCCAGCUUGCAAUUUUCAUUGGACGAAACUACCCCAAGUAUUCUCAAUUUCUUCGACUUUCUGAAUCAACCAUUACUGAUAUGUUUGAUGUGCUUUGUUCAGCUGAUGAUGUGAGCAUUCGACAAGAUUGUGAAUUGGCGUUGGCCAGUUUAUUACCGUUUGUGCCUGAUGAUGGGCUCAUUAUUGAUAAAAUUCGCGUGGCUAAGUAUUUCACGGUGUUAAUAAACGUAUAUAAAUCCAAAGGGGAAUAUUCGAAAGCGUUGGAAGUAUGGUUGGACAAAGAGCAUGACGAUGAUAACGAGUCUGUGGCACAGCUUAUCGAGAAUGGAUUCAUGUUGAGCAAGAAUGCCCAUGAUCGAGUAAACUUGAUUCGAUUGUUGCGACAGGAGUUUGUCCGGUUUGUCGCCAUGGACUUGAUUAUGUUUUGUAAUGUAGUGGAGAUUUACUGUCCUCUGGUUCAUAACGAAGUGUUGAAUAUCAAGGAUGAUGCAUUAGCUUACAAUUACUUGAAGGUGUUGUUUGAAAAGAGAAGUGAUUUAGAGUAUGAGUAUGUGGUGAGAUAUCUUGAAUUAAUAUGUUUGUUUAAUCGCGAUCAUGUGUUUGAAUAUGUCAACGAGUACAAGAAAACCAUGAAUGAUCAUCGUGAACAAUGCAUGGAGAUUCUUAAGGAUCAUGUUGAUGGACAAGCUUUGUUAAUGGUUAGUCGAGGUGAGUAUACUCAGGCUGAAGAGAUAUUACUACAGCAAAUGGCAAAGAUAACACCAUCACUUGAAUCUGAUGAAUCAGUACGGAGCGAAUUUAAUCAUUUAUUACAGUAUAUCAUCAAGAUAUGCGAUGAUGCACAUGACAAUGAAGAACUUUGGCUUGAAUUAUUACAUCAAUUGGUUGAUAUGUCGAAUUCAGAGUCUACUUAUAUUCACGACUUUAUUAACACUUGUAUUCACGAUUGUUUCCGUUACAUCAGUGAUAAUAGCAAAUCCAAACAACAACAGCUUGUUAUAUUUAAUCGGUUCCUCGAGCAGUACUCGUCAACUGAUAAGAUUGCCACAUUGUCAAACAUUAGAGGAGUAUUACAGCAAGUCUUUAUAUCUUACAGUUAUGAGAGCGAAAUGUUAAACAUAUCACUAAAGAUGAUCAAUGGCGACAUUUACAAGAAUUCUCAAAUCAUCAAAGCUAACAAAUUAAAAGGGUGGAAUAUUAUUUGCAAAAAUUGUAGCAGCUGUGGUAAAGUUAUGUGGGGUAGUGGAGGCUACAAUUUAGACGAUCAUAUCUUAGCAUGGGAAGCUCGACAAUGGAGUAAAGCCCAUGAUAUCGAAUUAGAGGAUAAAGAGAAGUUUCAUCAUUGUGAACUUAUUUUUUUCAAAUGUGAACAUGGUUAUCAUAUGAAAUGUUUAGAGAAUCUUGGGGCAAAUGAUGAGAAAUAUUGUGUAAUUUGUGAGUAA